AUGCCCCCCUGUGACGCGGCCACCACCGUCUACGGACUCCAAAAGGUGCGGUACCGCCUGUACGACCGCGACGGCGAGGCCGAGCUGAAGUCGAGGCUCGACCACAUCUACGACUUCCAAGACAAGCACUUUACUCACUUUAAGACUUCCUGUCCUCCUGUAAAGCCGCAGGGCAAAACAAGCAGGAAGAGGAGCUACAAGGAAGUCAAGCUGUCCAGCGGUCUACAACGACUCAGGAAAGAUGCCCACGUUCAAUGGAAGAAUGAAGUCGGCGUUGUGACCGCGCUUGAAAGGAGGCUGAGGAGGAACGAAGAUGGGACAGUGGAUGUGUUGCCGAGGCUGGAUGUGAUAGUGGCGCUGGAAGAGAAGGAUUUGGAUUUGUUGGUGAGUUGUUGGGCAGCGAGGCUGUGGAAUGAGGCUGAAGGGGGUUUGAAGAAGCCUAUUACGUGGGAAGACUUUAAGCGGAUUACGAGCCAGAAGAGGCGAUUCGGAAAGACACACAUGUUGGGCGGCGGUGCUUUGGGACUCGCUGGUGCCUUCUGA